AUGUCUACUGGAAUCCACCUCCACGACGAGCUGGCGCGAAACCCAACUCGAGUUGUCGUCGAGACAGCUUUCGGACCCAUAAUCGGAGGAAGGGCAGACAAUGGAUCUGUAGUUUUCCUUGAGGUUCCAUAUGCUUUACCACCUGGACGCUUCGAGGACCCGAUAGCUCUUCCAAAUGGAUAUCGUUAUGAGGCGAAGGAGUACAUAAAGGAGGCAACGUACGGCGUACAACCUUUGAACGACGGUCAAGCCCAAACAAUGCCCUUCGAGGACAAGGUCGGCUACGGAAAGCCCUCAGAAAAUCCACUUGUCUUAAACAUCGUCAUUCCACCUUCAUUUCCCGAGGACAAGAACUUUCCAGUGAGGAUCUAUAUUCAUGGAGGAUUUCUGCAAUUUGGGUCACCUCACUCCCUGGGAUCACAGGCUCAGUACAUCGUAGCUGAACGUUCGGAGAUUUGGGUCAACAUUGGAUAUCGAUUGUCUGCAUUUGGCUUCUUAGCAAGCAAUGAACCAAAACUGAACGGGAAUUACGGCUUCAAAGAUCAAUGGUUGGCGUUACAAUGGAUCAAGGCCAAUAUCGGGGCUUUCGGAGGGAAUGCGGGGGACAUUAUUCUUACGGGCUUGUCGGCUGGCGCACAUUCUGUUCAUCAGAUACUCCAUCACGCGUCCCUUCUUCCGGAAGGAGAACAGGCACCAUUUCAUGUCGCCGUUUUGCAAUCUAACGCCAUCCUGACAGAUCCUAAGGCUCCUCGAGAACUUCAGCCUCAAUUUGAUGCCCUUUGUCGGGCCCUGAACUUGGAUCCGACCGCGCCUGAUAUCCUCCCGACUCUUCGCGACCCAAUGAAAGUAUCAUGGGAGUCCAUCAGGAAUGUCAUCGCAUCCGAGUCCUUUGGCGCCUUUGGGACCUUCCGUGGAUGCUCGAGUGAUGACUGGAUAACGACGAACCCAAGUCCGAUGGAGUGGCAGCGAUCUGGCAGCCUGGCUCGUGCAUUGAAAGCCCGUGGCGUUCAAGCCGUCGUUGUCGGCGACCUUACAGAAGAGUGGUAUCUCUAUUCAAUUGCUCAUCCGAUUCUUGGCCUUCAAGACGUCCUUCCGAACGUGGAGAGGUAUUUUCCUACUGAGAUUUGCAAGAAGUUGAUCGGCGCUUUCCCGACGCUGCCAUUGAACGCCAGUAGUGAGGAAGCUACCAGGUUGUACGGAGACAUUCUCAGUGUUGGCCAGGUGUAUCUUCCUGCGCGGCUUUUUGCUAGAGACCUUGAAGGGAGUGGAUUGCCGGUCCUUCGAUACCGUAUUUGCUGGACACCGGAGCAAUACAGGCCUGAGGGAUACGUGACACAUGGCUGCGAUCGCCUUCUUUGGGCUUUGAGGACGUGCAGUCUUGAGUCGGACCAAGCACACGUAGCAGAGCAGUGGGUCGACAAAGUGUUCAAGGAGGUCGAUGCUAUCAGAACAGGGAACCCAUCCAAAAAUGCAAGAUCUAUGCUCACCUUAAAGGAAGACAAGAGCAUUGGUUGGACGGUGGAUGAAAAUUGGGACCGGAUGAUGAAGCUAGAGGAGAUGUUAAACAACAACUAA